AUGCGGGCGUACUAUAGGGCGAAAGGGGAAGAAACUGCGGGGAUAGCGUAUCGGGCUCGGAUGCAUUGCUUUUUUGCUGAGCUGGAGCCGUCUAUCCCCGUCACGAAACAAAACCUGGCAGACCGAGUUCGGUACAUCAUGCGCUCGAAAAUAUUCGAUGAUGCCGAGCUCGAACGACUACGACGUGAGGCCAUUCCCUCAUCGAAUGAAUUGGCUACGGCUGGGGAUGAGGCUCCUCAGGCGACAGACCAGCUGCCACGAGUAGAAGCCGCCAUGGAUCUUCCAGUUGUGGGUGAUUCAGACGAUGAUGAAAUGGUCUCCCACGAACUAGAGCAAAUGAGGAGUAUAUUGGAAGAGGCGAUUUUAGAAACGCGCAGCAUGCCUCUCGAAAAUCGACCGCGACUUCCCCGCAUACCCCUAAGCAAGCGAAAUCGGGCUGUCGUGAGGGCUCUUAACCCAAUGCUGGUAACCUAUUUGGAAGCCAGCCGGGACCUUUGCGAGACGGACUCAGUUCUUUUUGGCGCCGCAGUGGCAGCUUGCCGUAUUAUUGGCGCCAAACUUCCCAUGGCUGGACGCGCUACUAAACAAAGUAGCGCCAUCCCAGCCUGGAGAAAAAGAAUUGAGGACCGUAUCGCAAAGGCAAGGGCCCUUAUCGGCAGACUGAUAAGCUUCAGGUCGGGUAAUAAUAGACCGAGGGUUGUGCGCACCGUUAGAAUGGCGUUUGCUGGGACAAAUAUCAGUUUGUCCCAGCCGGAUAUCACGCAGAAACUAACGGAGCGCAUAGACGACCUGAAGCAAAAGAUCGCCGCUUGGGGGAAGCGGAUUCGCCGAUUUACCGAGAGGUCAAGGCGGUUCAACCAGAAUCGUCUCUUCCAGAGUGAUCAGAAGAGGCUCUACAAAUCAUUGGAGCGACCAGAGGUAUGUGGAGCGGGCCCAGGACCGGAUCAGGCUAACACUGUCGCAUUUUGGCGUGGCCUGUGGUCAGAGCCCGUAAACCACAGCGAGGGCCCUUGGACGGAAGUUGUGGCGAGUCAGUGUGCGAGUAUUACGCCCAUGGACCCCGUCAUCAUAACGCCGGAUGACGUAGCUGAGGCGGUCCGUAGAGCCCCGAACUGGAAAAGUCCGGGACUCGACGGACUGCAUCACUACUGGCUGAAGGGGUUCAUGGUGUGUCACGCUGUGCUCGCCCGUCAGUUUCAAGAGGCUCUCAACCAGAAGUCGCUCCCUAGCCUCUUCACUACUGGGAUCACUCAUUUGGUUCCUAAAGACCAGGUUACCACAGACCCGAGCAAAUACCGCCCCAUUACGUGGCCGCUGCCUGGGGGUCGCCGGGGCGCGUCUGGAGCUGGCGCUGGACGCGGCAGCAUGCGGGCCGCCAGCCGAGCGCGAGGAGCUGCAAGAACACCUAACAGCCCCCCGCAUCCAUCAUCCCCACCAGACGGCUUGAUGUCGGCAGGGUCCUCUCGGACUCGGCAAGCGGCAUCCGCCGCUGGUGGAGUGCGCCGCAUGCGUUGGACAAGGGAUAUGAACGCAAACGCAUUGCGGGCGUACUAUAGGGCGAAAGGGGAAGAAACUGCGGGGAUAGCGUAUCGGGCUCGGAUGCAUUGCUUUUUUGCUGAGCUGGAGCCGUCUAUUCCCGUCACGGAACAAAACCUGGCAGACCGAGUUCGGUACAUCAUGCGCUCGAAAAUAUUCGAUGAUGCCGAGCUCGAACGACUACGACGUGAGGCCAUUCCCUCAUCGAAUGAAUUGGCUACGGCUGGGGAUGCGGCUCCUCAGGCGACAGACCAGCUGCCACGCGUAGAAGCCGCCAUGGAUCUUCCAGUUGUGGUUGAUUCAGACGAUGAUGAAAUGGUCUCCCACGAACUAGAGCAAAUGAGGAGUAUAUUGGAAGAGGCGAUUUUGGAAACGCGCAGCAUGCCUCUCGAAAAUCGACCGCGACUUCCCCGCAUACCCCUAAGCAAGCGAAAUCGGGCUGUCGUGAGGGCUCUUAACCCAAUGCUGGUAACCUAUUUGGAAGCCAGCCGGGACCUUUGCGAGACGGACUCAGUUCUUUUUGGCGCCGCAGUGGCAGCUUGCCGUAUUAUUGGCGCCAGACUUCCCAUGGCUGGACGCGCUACUAAACAAAGUAGCGCCAUCCCAGCCUGGAGAAAAAGAAUUGAGGACCGUAUCGCAAAGGCAAGGGCCCUUAUCGGCAGACUGAUAAGCUUCAGGUCGGGUAAUAAUAGACCGAGGGUUGUGCGCACCGUUAGAAUGGCGUUUGCUGGGACAAAUAUCAGUUUGUCCCAGCCGGAUAUCACGCAGAAACUAACGGAGCGCAUAGACGACCUGAAGCAAAAGAUUGCUGCUUGGGGGAAGCGGAUUCGCCGAUUUACCGAGAGGUCAAGGCGGUUCAACCAGAAUCGUCUCUUCCAGAGUGAUCAGAAGAGGCUCUACAAAUCAUUGGAGCGACCAGAGGUAUGUGGAGCGGGCCCAGGACCGGACCAGGCUAACACUGUCGCAUUUUGGCGUGGCCUGUGGUCAGAGCCCGUAAACCACAGCGAGGGCCCUUGGACGGAAGUUGUGGCGAGUCAGUGUGCGAGUAUUACGCCCAUGGACCCCGUCAUCAUAACGCCGGAUGACGUAGCUGAGGCGGUCCGUAGAGCCCCGAACUGGAAAAGUCCGGGACUCGACGGUCUGUUUCCAGUUCAGGGGUUCAUGGUGUGUCACGCUGUGCUCGCCCGUCAGUUUCAAGAGGCUCUCAACCAGAAGUCGCUCCCUAGCCUCUUCACUACUGGGAUCACUCAUUUGGUUCCUAAAGACCAGAUGCAUCGCUUUUUUGCAGAGCUGGAGCCAUCUCUAUCUGUCACUGAGCAAAACCUGGCAGACCGAGUUAGGUACAUCCUGCGAUCCAACAUAUUUGGUGAUGCCGAACUCGAGCGACUACGACGUGAGGCUAUUCCUUCAUCGAAUGGAAAUGCUACGGCUGGGAGUGUGGCGCCACUAGAUGCGCAACAAACUGCAUAUGUGGAUGCUGCCGUCAACAUUCCAUUUGUGGCUAAUUCAGACGAUGAUGGAAUAGUCUCCCACGAACUAGAGAAAAUGAGGAGCAUAUUGGAAGAGUCGAUGCUGGAAACGCGCAGCAUGCCUCUCGAAAAUCGACCGCGACUUCCCCGCAUACCCCUUAGCAAGCGAAAUCGGGCUGUCGUGCGGGCUCUUAACCCAAUGCUGGUGACCUAUUUGGAAGCCAGCCGGGACCUUUGCGAGACGGAUUCAAUUCUUUUUGGCGCCGCACUGGCAGUAUGCCGUAUUAUUGGCGCCAAACUUCCCGUGGCUGGACGUGCUACUCAAAAAAGUAGCGCCAUCCCAGCCUGGAGAAAAAAGAAUUGA